AUGAAGUCCUUUGAAGACACAUCAGAGGAAGAGGCCCCCAAACAUGCCCAAACUUAUACAUCCUUACCCUUGAAACUCACAGCCAAGGAUAUUCUGGCCAUCAAGACCCAAAACUACUUUGCUCAGGCUAAAAGAACUGAGAAUGUCUUGAUCCAGGUCGCCUUCUCCAUCGGGCUCGGCAGCAUAUGGCGUUUUCCUUACCUGUGCCAUUGGAAUGGAGGAGGCGAGUUCAUCCUGCUGUACUCCUUCAUGCUCCUCUUGUUCGGGAUCCCCCUCUUGUACAUGGAGAUGAUCUUGGGACAGUGGCUGCACUUGGACAACAUCCGGAUCUGGAAACAGCUCACCCCCUGGCUGGGCGGCUUAGGCUACACUAGCAUAAUGGUGAAUGAGGGGCCUGACCAAGAGGCAUCCCAGCCCCCCCUUGUGGUCUCCAAGUCCCCCGUCUCCACCCGAUUUGCCCCUCAGGCCCACUGUGUCCACCCCCAGGUGUGCAUCUUGAUAAGCGUGUACAACAGCAUCAUCAUGAGCUGGACCUUCUCCUACCUGGGCAACUCCUUUUACUACCCCCUGCCCUGGAACCAGUGCUCCAUGGUGAAGAACACCAACGCCACCGGCCUCCCCUGCCUUCGGACUGUGCCCCACCAGUACUUCUGGUACCACACCACCCUGAAUGCCUCAGCCAACAUCGAGGAAGGGGGUGAGCAACUCGCCCUGAAUCUCACCCUGGGCACCUUCAUAGCUUGGUUCUUCCUCUUCAUCAUCAUGACCACAAGGCUAAAGAGCUCAAUGCCGAUGCUGAGUCUCUCGAUAUUCCUCCCCUACAUCACCCUCCUCUGCCUCCUGAUCCGAUGUCUCUUCCUGGAAGGUGCGGUCACCAGCCUCAGACGUAUGGUGGUGACAGAGCUCUCUGACUGGGCCUCGCUGGACCUGUGGCGUCACGCGGGAGGCCACGUGCUCUAUUCCCUGGGCCUGGGCCUGGGCACCAUCAUCAACAUCUCCUCCCACAGGGCCAGAGGCAACAACUAUAUCCAGGUGGCCUUAUUGGUGGCUGUGGUCAACCUGGUGAUCUCACUGCUGGUCACGUCUAUCAUCUUUAUAGUGCUGGGGUUCUGGGCCACCACCAGUGGCCAAGCCUGUGUUGAGAAGGGUGUCCAAAAGGUGAUGAAUCUGAUAGACAAGGGGGUGCUGCCUCAGGAUUACAGCCCCCCAAAAAACAUCCUGCUCCUGCCUCCCCUGGACUACCUAAACUGGAUCGAAAACCUCCCUCAGCACUUCAAGUACCAGGUCAUGCUCUUCUCCCCAUCAUGCAGCAUCGAGGCACAGGAUGAAAAGUUCAUGCAGGGCCCUGGCCUGGCAUUCGUGGCCUUCUCCCAAGCCGUCUCGUUGCUCCCCUGUGCCUCUUUCUGGGCCAUUGUCUUCUUCCUGACCCUUCUCAUCACAGAGCUGAGCACCUUGAUAAAAAUCGUGGAAAGCAUUGUCUUUCCCCUCCAGAAUUCCAUCUCCAUCACCAGGAACCACCCCAUACUGCUCCCAGUGGUCGUCUGCUUGGGAGGUUUUCUGGGCAGCCUCGUCUUUGCCAGUCAUUCCGGAAGCUACAUAAUGUCUUUCUUUGAUGAUCACCUGGUCCCACUGACCCUUUUCAUCGUUGUGGCCUUCAAGAAUGUGACCCUGGCCUGGGUCUAUGGAGUUAACAGGUUCAGGGAAGAAAUGUACGGUGAGCUGGGCCUCUUGAUGUCGUCAUCCUUCACCUUCCUGUGGUGCUAUGUGACCCUGCCCGGGCUGCUGACACUCAUUGUCAUCUACCUCAUACAACUCUACCAUAAGGAGCCCCCCAACUACAUUGCCUGGAACAGCAGCUCGAGCCAGGAAGUAGAACAACCCUACCUGCCGAGCACCCUGGGCUGGGUCACCUUCCUCAGCAUCAUCACCUUUCUACCAAUCCCAAUCUACCCACUCCACCAGUGGUGGUACCUCCAAGACCACAUUGUCAAUGAUCCCUUUAAAAAGCUGUCCAAAAAGACACCCCUGGUGCCCACCAAGCCCUCAGAGUGGCCUAAGUACCACUUGGCGAAGCCCAACUUCCUGUCCCAGGAGAGAAAGAGCGAGAACUCAGCGAAGAGCUCCAGCUCACCCUUGGUCAAGAUGUCCAACCCGGCCUCCACGUGGAGUCAGCACAGCCAGAGCUCUUUGGGGUUCAGCCUAUCUUUCAUUUCCUCCCUAACAUCAGCCUUCUCCAUAAGGAGUCUCACCCUACCCGUUUCGAGGCAGGUGAGCCCGGCCUCAACAACCAUAAACAGUGACAUUCAGGAGGAGACCAAGGGAGAAAAUCUACACAAGUCUGAUCAGUAA